AUGCAGGCGGCCCGAGGGCUAACUGUCCUCUCCCUCUUGAUGUGUGGUCUAGCUCUGGCCAUGGGGGUCCUCGGUGUUAAGUGCACUAAGUGCGUUGGCAUUAACAGUGUGAAAGCACGUAUUGCUCGUAUUGCAGGUGCACUCUUUGCUAUUGCAGGGUUUCUGUAUCUUGUACCUGUGUGCUGGACUGCUCACUCCAUCAUCAGAGAUUUCUAUGACCCACAUGUGGCAGCUCCACAUAAGCGUGAGCUUGGUCCUGGGCUGUACAUUGGCUGGGGAGCAUCAGCCCUGCUCCUCAUUGGGGGCUCCCUGCUUUACACUGGAUCCAGCCCCCCAGGCCUCCCCGGCUCGCCCACCUUCAGCAGCGGAGACAGCAGUCCCCGCAGAGCACCUGCCUCACAGGUUAAAGGUUAUGUCUGA